AUGAGCAACUGUUACAAGAUCAAUGGCUGCAACAAUGAACCCAAUAUUUUGGCUAUCAUUUUUGACUUAGAUGGCACACUUCUCGAUACUGAAAGGGUUACAAGGGGUGUGUUGAAUGAGUUUAUGGGAAAGUAUGGGAAGGAAGUGAAUAAGGAAAGGGAAGAAAAAAAGAGGUUAGGGAUGACACAGAAGGAAUCAGCGGCUUUAAUUGUUAAGGAUUAUCAGCUCCCAUUAACACCUGACCAAUUUAUCAAAGAAAUUAACCCUCUCUAUAUUCAAAGGUGGAGAGAAGCGAAAGCGUUGCCCGGUGCUAAUCGAAUCAUCAAACAUUUUUUGAAAAAUGGUGUACCGAUGGCUCUUGCUUCAAACUCCUUGAGAGAAUACAUAUAUGCAAAAAUUCCUUACCAUAAAGGUUGGACAGAAAGCUUCUCUGUAAUUCUAGGAAAUGAUCAGGUUAAAUUUGGGAAGCCUGCUCCAGAUUUGUUUGAAGAAGCUGCCAAGAGAAUGGGUGUAAAUGCAAUGAACUGCCUUGUGUUUGAAGAUUCCUUGGUUGGUGUCAAAGCAGCUCAUGCUGCAAAAAUGAAGAUAGUCGCUGUACCGUCUCGCGGCGAAUCGGAUUGUUGUAAGCUGGCAAAUGUUACUCUUAAUUCACUUUUAGAGUUCCAACCUGAGCUAUGGGGCCUUCCACCUUUUGAUGAUUGGGUUGAUAACACAUUGCCUAUUGAGCCGAUUCAUGUGAGUGGUUUGUAUGCUACAGGAUCUCUUCUCGAAACCAAAGAGAAUGUAGCAUUUGGUAUUCCUGAUCAAGUUGUUGGGAUUUACUUCGGUUGGGCCAAAGUCGAUACAAAUAGGAACUUCAAGACAUUGGUUAGCAUUAGUUUGGACUUGUCCAGUGCUUCCUACAAAAAAGUAAAUGUUUGGUUCAUUGAUGCAAACACCGACAUUAAAUCUGAGCAGCAGAUGCAAAUCUGUCUUGUUGGCUACAUAAGAGCAUGGGAUAACAAGAAACUUGGGUCAGUGGAAUUGGAGAAACUUGAAGAAUACAAGUCCAUUGCAAAAGCUUCACUAGAUUUGCCAUCAUUCAGUAGUUUUUGA